AUGAAAAACGGAGACCUGCGACGCUUCCUCAUCGCCUCACGUUACGGAGACAUCCCCAUGUUUGUGCCGUACCAGACUCUCCUGCGCUUCAUGGUGGACAUCGCGGAGGGAAUGGACUAUUUAAGCUCUCGAGGUUUUCUGCACAGAGACUUAGCAGCGCGCAACUGCAUGUUGGGCGACGACCUCAGGGUGUGCGUGGCUGAUUUUGGACUUUCCCGAAAAAUCUAUGACAACAAUUAUUAUAGGCAGAAAGAAGUGAUUCGAGUGCCUAUCAAGUGGAUGGCCAUGGAGAGUCUGUCCGAGUCUGUGUAUACAACAAAAAGUGAUGUUUGGUCGUUUGGGGUCACCAUGUGGGAGAUCAUUUCGCGUGGAAGAACACCAUACCCAGGAGUCCAUAACUAUGAGCUUUUGGACCUGCUGCGGACAGGAUACCGACUAAAACCUCCAGAGGAUUGUGACCCCAAAAUUUGGGAGGUGAUGCAGAGCUGCUGGGAGAAGCAGCCCACACAGAGGCCAUGCUUUAGAGAACUCUGUGACAGACUUAAAACUCUUCUGUCCAAACUUCCUGCACUGGAGGCCUGUCAGGAGGCCACAUACAUAAACCAGGGUCUGGAGGCUGCAGCCGCUGCUGACUCUCUGACUCGACAGAAUGACUCCAGAAAAAGCACCAAGGAGAAUGAUUACCUGCCUUCUCCUGUGGGCGCGGGAGCUGCCCCACCACCACUGGAGGAGGAUAAUGGAACAUGA